AUGUACUCGUAUGCCACUCGGACGCACGGUGUGUGCCAGUGUGUUGUGAUUGUGUAUGCUGUGGUGUGUGAGUGUGUAGUGGGCCAUUUUAUUUGUCUCACCGCAAAACGGGGGACCCCGGGAACAUUCAGACGUGUCGCUCAGCGUGGCCGCUCGGCACAGCGGCAUCUUACAGCAAAAGCAUCUGCAACAACCGUCAACACUGUGGAAGCCGGUGAAAUUAUGGGACUGCUGAUUAACGUGAAAGCGCUUACCUUGCUGCUGCUGCUCCAGAUACCCGCAAUUUCUGCGGUCAGUUGGGAGGAAUGGUGGACGUACGAUGGUAUUUCGGGUCCGGCCUUUUGGGGUCUAAUCAACCCGGAAUGGUCAUUGUGCAACAAGGGACGCCGACAGUCGCCUGUCAACCUGGAACCUCAGCGAUUACUGUUCGAUCCAAAUCUACGCAUCCUGCACAUAGACAAACAUCGGAUAAGUGGCACGAUCGCCAACACAGGACACAGCGUUAUCUUCACCGCAGACAACGAGACAUCCUCAGCGUACGGUACGCCGCAGAUACCGGUAAACCUGACCGGUGGUCCACUCUCGUAUCGGUAUCGCUUUCACGAGAUACACGUACACUACGGACUGCACGAUCAGUUCGGUUCGGAGCACAGCGUUGAAGGCUACACGUUUCCAGCGGAGAUACAAAUCUUCGGCUACAACUCCCAACUGUACGCCAACUUCAGUGACGCGCUGUACCGUGCGCAAGGUAUCGUCGGUGUUGCGAUACUGCUGCAGCUCGGCGAUCUUUCCAAUCCCGAGCUGCGCAUGCUAACGGAUCAGCUCGAAAGGAUCCGGUACGGCGGUGAUGAAGCACCGGUACGCCGAAUAUCUGUGCGCGAUCUCCUGCCGGACACGGAACACUACAUGACGUACGAGGGUUCGACGACGGCACCGGCGUGCUACGAAACCGUCACCUGGAUCGUCAUGAACAAACCCAUCUACAUCACUAAACAACAGCUGCACGCACUCCGAAGGCUAAUGCAGGGUGGUCCAGAUCAUCCGAAGGCACCGCUAGGUAACAACUUCCGACCGCCGCAGCCACUGCUUCAUCGUCCCGUGCGGACGAACAUUGACUUUCGAAACAAACAGGAAAAGGGGGGAAAAAUAUGUGCAACUAUGUACAAGGACGUUCACUAUAAAGCUAAUAGCUGGAAACACAACUGAACGGAGGAAGCGCAACCAGGAGCAGUCGGAGCACGAGUCGGACGAGCUCGAUGAUAAUAGCUUAAUCGUGUUUGAACCGUGAAACUGAACCAUACGGUAUAACAGUGCGGUACGUUCCCAGGUGCUGCUGCUGUGAUUGAUUCCAUGUCCCCUGCUGCUGCUACUGCUGCUGCUGCUACUAGUGCUGCUGCUGUUGUAACAGACACCUUUGGAACGGCUGUGCCCUGCAUGAGCGCGUAUGUGUGGGUGCGUGCGUGCGUGCGUGUGUGUGUUUAUAUAUGGAUGUGUA